UACUAUGUGAUACUACAUAUGUAUGUAUGGUAGUAUGCGAGUUAGGAUACGAGCUGUACCUAUACCGGACAUCGUUUGUACCGUUUGUGCAUGUCUUUGCUGGUCUUUGCUUUGUGUUGUGUAGAAUGUCGUACUAAAACUUGACAAUUUAUUCCAUUCUCGGACGAAUAAAUACGGAAAUAUGGCAGGCGUGAGCGUACUUAAUAUCGUACCGUUCGUUUUCUUCCUAAUCGGGAUGAUCGACGGUUUCGCGAUGAAUUCCGGUGACAAGUUAGAAGAAGAUUUUAUCAUUCCACACUACACACAUUAUGAGGAGCUUCAACAGUUGUUUAGCUCGCUGGCUCAAAAAUAUCCAAAUUUAGCCAGAGUUUCGUCCAUAGGAAAAUCUGUAGAAGGUAGAGAUUUAUUGUACAUCGAGAUUUCUGAAAAUGUUCGUGAACGAAAACUAGGAGAACCGAUGGUCAAGUAUGUUGCUAACAUGCACGGGGAUGAAGCUGUGGGCAGAGAAUUGUUGGUAUAUCUUGCUCAAUACCUUUUACAUAAUUAUGGUAAAGAUGAGAGAAUUACGAAGUUGGUGAACAACACCGAUAUCUUCCUUAUGCCAUCAAUGAACCCUGAUGGUUUCGAGAAGUCAGAGGAAGGAAAAUGUGAAUCAAAGAAGGAUUAUUCGGGUCGUGAGAACGCAAAUCAUGUUGACCUAAAUAGAAAUUUCCCAGAUCAAUUUAAUGGGAAAACUAAUCACCUUCGUAGGGGUGGUAACAUAUUAGAUGGGCGGCAGAAUGAAACAAUAGCUAUGAUGACUUGGAUCGCUACAGAACCUUUUGUACUAUCAGGAAAUCUUCAUGGUGGUGCUAUUGUAGCAAGUUAUCCUUACGACUCCGGUAUUGCAAGGCCUUGUUGUGUCGAAAAUAAAAGUCCAGAUGACGCAGUAUUUAAAUAUUUAGCACACGCGUAUGCAGAUAAUCAUCCUCUGAUGCACGCAGGUAAUGCAUGUCCAUCGGAUAAUUUCCCAGGUGGCAUUACAAAUGGAGCAUAUUGGUAUGAAGUCAUUGGUGGGAUGCAAGAUUUCAAUUAUGCUCGCUCCAACGCAUUUGAGAUAACAUUUGAAUUGAGUUGCUGCAAAUAUCCAAACGCGAGUUCGAUGCCUGAUCACUGGAGAUUAAACAAGGAGUCUCUUAUAAAAUAUCUCGAACAGGCACAUAUCGGACUGAAAGGUGUUGUGAGAGAUACAAAUGGUCAACCAGUAGAAGCAGCAACUAUCAUUGUACACGGAAUAAAUCACAAUGUUUCAACCACACAUCGUGGCGAAUAUUGGCGUUUGUUGCUGCCUGGUACUUACUAUCUUCAUGCCGAAGCAUGGGGAUAUCAACCGAGCGAAGUGAUAAAUGUGACAAUAGAAGCUGGUGAACCGAUCAUUCUAAAUUUUACUUUGAGACAGAAUACUUACGAGGAUCAAGGUAAACUAAUGUCAGACAGAGUUGAAGAAAUUAUGCGUCAAGUAGAUAAAUACGGUUUUUAUCACGAUACGGAAUUCAAGCAUCACAAUUACUUAGCAAUGGAAAGAUAUUUGAAAGAAUUAAAUAUAAAUUAUCCAAACAUUACCAGGCUUUACACUAUAGGGAAGUCUGUCAAAGGGCGUCAAUUAUAUGUUAUGGAAAUAACAGAGAAUCCUGGAAAGCAUGACCCGAACAAGCCUGAAGUAAAAUAUGUAGGAAAUAUGCAUGGUAACGAAGUGGUUGGUAAGGAGAUUCUAUUACUCUUGUUGAAAUAUCUGUGCGAGAACUUCGGGACCAACGAGAGAGUCACAAAAAUAUUAAAAAACGUAAGACUGCACGUGAUGCCAAGCAUGAACCCAGAUGGUUACGAGAUUUCGAAGGAAGGAGAUGUUAUUGGAGAUCGGGGAAGAGCGAAUGCUGCUGGUGUUGAUCUCAAUAGAAACUUUCCCGAUCAGUACGAAACGAAUGAUUUCAACAUAAAACAAGAACCUGAGACAAAGGCGAUGAUGAAUUGGAUCGCGAGCAUCCCGUUUGUACUCUCUGCUGAUUUUCACGGUGGUGCAUUGGUGGUAAAUUAUCCAUACGAUAACGGACCAACGGAUUACGGCGAAAAUUUAAGCCCAGACGAUAAAGUGUUCAAAGCUCUCGCACUGACGUAUUCGAAUGCUCAUCCACGCAUGCAUCUUGGAAAGCCGUGCCCUUCGUUCAUGAACGAACGAUAUGGGAUGCCAAGUGUAUUAGAAAAGAGUUUUCCGAAUGGAAUAACAAACGGGGCUGCUUGGUACUUAGUUAGCGGAGGAAUGCAGGAUUAUAAUUAUCUUCAGAGUAAUGAUUUUGAACUUACAAUUGAAGUAGGGUGCACUAAAUAUCCGAAUGAGACUGAACUACCACAUUAUUGGCUAGAGAAUAGAGAAUCCCUUUUACGUCUUAUAGAAAUGUCUCGUAAGGGCGUACACGGUGUUAUACGGUCAUCGAUUGGAACUCCUGUACCUCAUGCAAAAAUAUCCGUGGCAGGGAUUAAUCAUGACAUUUAUGCGAGCAACGAUGGAGAUUAUUGGCGUCUUCUAGUUCCAGGAACAUACAAUAUUACAGUUAACGCGAUCGGAUAUGAAUCCCAAACGCAAACGGUAACAGUACCAGAAGGUGAUGGUAUCGGACAGGGCGAAGUAAUGUUGGACUUCACGUUAAUGCGAGACGAUCCACAACAUUGGUCAUCAGCCUACGAUUUCCGACUAAUGGCAAACCUGCAGAAUAUCUAUUUAAAAAACGCCGAGUUAAAUGCCAGAUUUAGUCAGUUGGAAAAUCAUCAGCCAAACAUUGCAGAAUUUGAAGCUGGAGAGUCGUUAGUCAGCAUGGCUAUUCACUCGCUAAAAAUUACGCACAAUAUGGGCGCGCCAGAGGAAAAUAAAUUUCAUAUUGGUUUAAUGGGCGGAUUGUUUGCAUCUGAACCAGUGGGUCGAGAAAUGUUACUACGAUUGGCGACUCAUAUUCUCAUGGGAAACCAAAUCGGAGAUCCUCCAAUACAGAGAAUAUUGAAUGAAUCCGUGUUGCAUUUUGUACCCGCCAUAGAUCCAGGUUUUGAUAACAUAUUAAAUGUGAAAGAAUGCAAUCCUACUGUGUCUGACGAAAUAGGCGAAAAAUUGUUGUUACAAAAUGACAGCACUAGUCAUGAUAAUUUGGACCUAAUUACUGAUGCGUUUAAAUCAAUGUUAUCUAAUGAAGGCUACGACGUGAUAGUAAUGAUCGGCAGUGGUUCGCUUGAAGUUGGGUACGUAGAUGACAGCUUGCACGUAUAUAAAAGUUUGGCUAAGAAUUAUGAAUAUUCAAUACGGAAAGGAUCUUGUAGUUCCUUUAACAAUAACGUUGAGAAAGUACAAAAUUUUAUUAACGAUCGAUACAACAUCCCAGUAAUAAACAUCAACAUGGCUUGUUGUAAAUAUCCACCCGCAGGAUCUAUUCCUACUAUUUGGCGAGAAAACUUAUUACCCCUGAAGCAAUUACUCAACAGCCUUACGACUGGUAUCCGAGCCAUAAUAACAGACGUUGACCAUGUUCCUUUAAGAGAAGCUGUAGUUAAGAUCGAUACAAAUACGUAUCACGUUUCGAAGAAUAUGGCUUACUUUAAAAUUAUCUUACUUCCUGGAGAAUAUGUGCUAACGGUUCAGUGUAAAGGCUACAUCGAACAAUCCGUGAAAGUACGCGUGAACAUCGAAAGUGUAUCUGACAUUAGCAUAAAAUUAACGAAACGCCAUACAGAGAAAACAGAACAGAAGAUACAGGAACACAACGGGGAUCAAGAGACGAAUAUUGUAAACCAAUUCCUGACUGACUUGAACAACAAAUACCCGCAAUUGUCAAUUUUACAUACUAUCGGUAGAUCACAGAGGGGCAGUCGAAUAAUGUGUUUGGAAAUCGGAAGCGAGAGUAAUUAUAAGCGCAUCGGUCGUCCGUCCGUGGCUUUCGUAGCCGGUAUUUCAAACGGUGCACCGGUGACCUCAAAAAUCUUAUUGCACAUCGCGACCUAUUUGUUAAGUCGUUACCAGAAAGAUAUUGGAAUCACUAGUUAUUUGGAUAAAUUCACAGUGUACAUUGCGCCAGAUUUAUUGCAAAACUCUAACAACAAUCGGUCCUGUUCGCCGUCCAUUAUCGACAAUUUGCAGUUUCCUAUCGAUGGCAAAUUAAAUCCUGAAGCAAGUAUGAUAAUUGAUUGGUUUAAAGAAAUUAACGCGGUAUUAGCGAUAAAUUUGAACAUUGGUUCGCAACACGUUGAGAUUCCGUUCGCUGCUAGCUACGGAAAGGUGCCUGAGAAGAUAUAUGAAACGGAUGACAACAAUAUAUUGCAAGAUCUAGCACUGCUUUAUACAAAACAUAAUAUUCAUAUGACUUCUAAGAAUCCGCAGUGUAAUCACGAUUUAAUUGUGAACGCUGAUGGUGUUAUUCAUGCUGGCAAGGGUAUAGGUGGAAGGAGAGAGCAUUCUCUGAUGGAUUAUCUUUAUCUAAACACAAGUACGUUCUUAAUGGACGUCUAUAUUACUUGUUGCAAUACAGAUGAUCCGAAAAACAUAUGGGAAGACAACCGAGCUAGUGUACUAGCGAUUAUGGAAAAACUCAAUGAUGGAAUUAAAGGAUAUAUACUUAACGAGAAUAACGAACCGAUUGAAAAUGCAAUUUUAUCGUAUAAUAAAUCGAUACAUCAUGUUAAGAGUGGUACGCAUGGGGCAUACUCGCUUUUGUUCGAACCUGGAACUCAUGUUAUAAGCGCCAAUGCACCUGGAUAUCUUCUGCAAACGAAAGUGUUCAUCACGCCGGACGUACAUAACGCUUCGCAUUUGGUAUUUAAAUUAAGAUACGACGACAAAUUUCUGGGAUUGCCUAGAAUCGUUUUUAUUAUACUUAUAAGCACUAUAUGUUUGGGAAUUAUCGCAUGCUCAAUUUUUAUUUACGCCAACUGCCGGUCUUCCAAAGCUGAGCUUAGAAAGAGUAAUUGGAAUAAAUAUGCGUUCAGUUUACUUAAAGAUGGUACAAGCUUCUUCGACGACGAUGAAAAGGAAGUUGAAAUAUUUAGAAGACCAUUUCACGGGAAUGUGGAAAUUAACGAAAUUACAAAACCAUACUUUGACGACGACAAUGUGUCGAGUUCUGAGGAGGCCAGUGACAUUGAAUUUAUCAAACCAAGUGUAGAAUGGGAGGAGGCAGCACCAAAAGAAAGUAGAUAAUACUUCGUUGAUUGUUAAAUGAAAGAUAUUUUGAUAUUACUUGCAAAUUAUGCAAAUAAGUGUACAAAUUGAAGGAAGAAUUACUAUUAACAAGAAAAUGAAUUAUACUAUUCAUACGGAGUAAAUAAUUAUAUUUAUCCUAUGGCAGCAAAAUAAUCGUUAAAAAAUUGUUUUUACCAUGAAUAGUCUAGGGUGAAGAGACAUCAUGAGAAUCAUGUAAAAACCAGUGUACUUAAACUAAUAAGUAAUAUGGAAACAAAUGCAGUUUAAAAUCUA